AUGACAAGCGCUGCCUCGUAUACGACAGCCUCACCUCCUUUCAACAAACCCAACGCAGAUGUCAUACUUCAGUCCUCAAAUAACGUCAGGUUCCACGUUCAUACCGUUGUUCUCAGCCUUGCAUCCGAAUUCUUCGAGAGCAUGUUCACGCUUCCACAACCAACUCAGAAGGACGUUGACACUGAAAGAGGGAUUCCUGUGAUCCCGGUGACAGAGGAUGCCGACACGUUGGACCACCUACUGCGAUUCUGCUACCCUGUCGAUAACCCGAUCAUCCCCGAUGUGGAGUCAGCAGCAGCAGUCGCGAAAGCAGCGAUGAAGUACCAGAUGGAAAGUGCCAUAACGCUUAUGACCCAUCUGCUUCAGGACUUCGUCAAACGCCAUCCUCUUCAUGUGUAUGUGGUGGCUUGCAGCAUUGCAUCGGACCAAUUGGCUCUCGAGGCAGCACUCGAAUGGUCUAGGACAAGUAACAUCGAUAGCUACAUAUCGGAGAUGGACCAUCUCUCUGCCGCCCAAUAUUUCCAACUCCUUAAGUCCCGACACUCAGGUGCUCUCGCGUCCCCCGGCAUCAGCUUUGAAGAAGAAUCAAUCUCAGACUCUCGUAGUUCGUGGGAUACUCGCCGUACCACCGCAGUUGCCCCAUUCAAUGAGUCUGCUAUUGGUACUGAUCUGAUCCUCCGCUCCGAGGACGGGGUACACUUCUACGUCAGCAGGGCAUUGUUGCUUCUCGCAUGUACACGGAACCCGUCUAUCCUCGACUCCUCUAGAACAUUCAUGGGCGGGAAGCCCGUCGUGCAGUUACCGGAGCACAGCUCUAUCCUGCUGAAGCUACUGCAAUUGACGUACCCACUAUCUCUUCCCGCUCUUGGGAACUUGGAGGAGACCACCGCCAUCAUCGAUGCAGCUGAGAAGUAUGGACUGACGAGAGCAUCUGAAAUUGCGAAGGACCACUGGCGCGAUUACAUCGAGUCGUCCCCAUUCCAGUGUUACUUCAUUGCCACUGCGCGCGGGUGGAUCAAAUCAGCUGAAAUGGCGAUGAAACACGCGGCCGUGGUUUGCCAGUCUGAUCGCUACGAGGACUACAUGGAAGGCAGCUCAGCGGAGGCUUACCAUCAGUUCCUCCAAUAUCGCCAGCGCUGCCGCCAAGCCAUCUGCGAUGUCAUGAUCCAAUACGACUCCGCGAGUGCACGCGUGGGAAGUAGCACCGCAUUAUAUUGGAGCACCACUGUCGCCACGAAGAAGGGUAGACUCACCCCUGUAGACCAUUGGACCAUUGAUGGCAUGCACCUUCUGAUACACCCGAAGGUCAAUGCAAAUCAUCGAUGGCGAUGGCACGAGAAGCUACAUAGUAUAUUGGCCAAGCAACCGCAAUACGACAGCUCAAUGCCGGGGAAACUUGUCACGCAAGUAAGGAAUAUUGAGGAUAAAAUCCGGAGCGCCUUCGAUAAGGUUAGCUAA